AUGCCUGUCACAGUCACCAUUCCCAAUAGUAAAGCCAGUUCUUGGCAACACCCCAAAGCUGAAAACACUUCACAGCUCUUACGAGGAGCUAGUUCCCAAGAAGCAGAUGGAUGCAAACAAAUCAUCCAAAGCUCAUUCUCUAUCAACGGGUCUCUUGAAGAAAAUCAUGUAUCAGCUUCGAGGAAUGGUCUCGUCUGGUCAUCGUUCUACGCAUACAGCACCCACCAUCAUCUCGCCAUUCGCCCCGAAGAUGUCUGGUUCGCUAUAAUCACUCAACUCAGUGCUUACAUCAACGCCAAUUCUGAAAGAAUGCGCGAUUACUUUGUUAGUCACGCUGGUCAGAAAAGGCUUGAGGUCAUCGAUUUCGCGACUCUGCAUACUGCUGAUUACGGAGCGCUCUCUCAGAAAAUGACCCUCGAGAUCGGAAAGAACAUCAAAGAUCCUGCUUUUCGAGAAUGGAUUCUUCCGUCGUUCUCGACAACCACUGACAAUGAUCGGGUUGUUGGCUCUGUGCUCCUCAUGGGCGCGCUGCAGAAGUACUUCUCUUACGGAAUGCGUACGGCGUGUGGUAUCCCUUCAGUGACACUCCUCGGAGAAGUAACCGACUACGAAGACAUACUCAAUAGACUUGAUAAGCUGGAUGAAAUGGGCGAGGAACCGAUCCAGUUCGCCAAGCUCCUGCGUCCAAUUCUUCGAAACAUGAUUCUCUCCUUCACUCAGCCUUCCGACCCAGCUAUCCAUAUAUUCUGGAACCAAAUUGCCAAUAUAUAUCGGAUGUCGGGUUCCAAGAAGUUGACAGGCUGGAUCACGGCAUUUUGUUACUGGGACGACGAAGGAAAGGCUGGGCACCCCAGUCGAGGAAAUGGCACCCUUGGGGAUUUGAUGUAUCUCCGCGUCGAAACGAGUGACAUUCCUUGUGGAUACGUCACUGUUCCGGUUGAAGUUGACGAUAAUGGCACUGUGUAUGAUUGCAAGAUGAUUGCUGGAUCCGUUGGUAUGCAAGCUGUCCCAGGCCCUGAAGGUCAUGUCCCUGCUUAUGAAAACAGAGGGCAUAACGAGGAGGUGGAUGAGACGAGACUGGGGAUAAAGCCUGUUACUGGGUGGAUGAUCUACGAGUUUGCUCAGCAAAGCCGGUCAUAUAACAGAGGGCCCUUGCAAAUGUACACAGUGUAG